AUGACGCCCGUCGAAGUCAUGACGCAACCCAACGGCCACCCAGCGGCAGAGGCGCCCUUACUGUCCAGCGCCAACCCCUACACAGUUCGAGAACAACCGCUCGGAUCAACCCGGCACAUCCGCAUCGUGGGCAUCGGCGCCGGAGCGAGCGGGCUGAACCUGCUCCGGACCCUGCGGCUCAACCUCAGCGACUAUGAAGUCACCAUCUACGAGAAGAACACCGACGUGGGCGGCACCUGGCUCGAGAACCGCUACCCCGGCUGCCGGUGCGACGUCCCCAGCCACAGCUACCAGUUCUCGUGGCGGCAGAAGAAGGACUGGGCCAACUUCUUCGCGGGGGCCGAGGAGAUCGGAGCUUACCUGUGUCAGGUGUGCGACGAGGAGGGCAUGAGGGACUCGAUCAAGACUUCUCACCAGGUAGUUCGGGCGGAAUGGAACGAGCAGGGUGGGCAGUGGGAGUUGACGGUUCGGAAUUUGGAGACGGGCGAGGAGUUUAGUGACCACGCCACCUUCCUCGUGGACGGGUCGGGGAUUUUGAACAACUGGAGGUGGCCAGAGGUUGAUGACCUCGACGCCUUCCAGGGAAGCCUAAUCCAUACCGCGCAAUGGCCGAAGGACUUUGACCACACGGGCAAGACGGUUGCUGUCAUCGGCAAUGGCUCGAGCGGCAUCCAGGUGCUACCCGCGCUCCAACCAGGGGCUGAGAAACUGUACCACAUCCUCCGGACACCCACUUGGGUACUACCACCCAGGAUACAAGCAUGGAAAGUCAUGGGCCAGGCGGGGGAGAUUCUCAGCAAGAUCCAGAUGGACGCCCUGGAAAACUUUUCCCAAGAGACGAUCGACAAGUUCCAGUCCGACCCCGAGUUCUACCGCGAGUUUGUGAAGAAGAUCGAGGUGGAGGUGAACAAUGCGUUCCCCGUGAGCCCCGUGCAAGCCUUCGCGCGCGCAAAGGUCAGCGAGUACAUGACGGCCAUGCUCGGAGGGAAUCAAGAGCUCUGCAAAAUGCUCAUACCCGACUACCCGCUCGGGGCAAGGAGAAUGACCCCCGGACACAGUUACCUCCAAGCGCUGACCAAACCCAACGUCGAGCUAAGGAGAUCCGGGAUCAAGAGGUUCGUGGCGGAGGGCAUCGAGCUCGAAUCGGGCGAGGUCCUCAAAGUCGACGCCAUCAUCUGCGCCACGGGCUUCAACACCUCCUUCCGCCCGCGCUUUCCCAUCAUCGGCCGCGACGGCAACCUACAAGACCGAUGGGCCAAGGAGACACCCAAGGCAUACAUGUCGUGCGCCGUAGCCGGCCUACCAAACUACUUCACCUUCCUCGGCCCCAACGCCCCCAUCGGCCACGGCAGCGUCUUCACGCUCAGCGAGCACAUCGCCAAGUACAUCGUCCGGGCGAUCCACAAAUGCCAGACCGAGGGGAUCCAAGCCCUAGCCCCCUCGCAAGCGGCUGUCGACGACUACUUUGCGCACAUCUCGGCCUUCAUGCCACGCACGGCAUGGAGCGCGCCCGGGAACCGUUCCUGGUUCAAGGAUGGCCGCGUGGACGGGCCGGUGACGGCGCUGCAUCCGGGCAGUCGGGUGCAUUUUUUUCAUAUGUUGGAGGGGUUUCGCGGGGAGGAUUGGGAGUUUGUUUAUUUGGAGUCGGGGGCGGAGGGAAAGAGUAGGGGGGGGAAUCGGUUUGCGUAUUUGGGGAAUGGGUUCUCGAGGAGGGAGUUGGAACCCGAGGGGGAUACGGCGUGGUAUUUGGAUGAGGAGGGGUUUCGGGGGUAG